AUGGCAGCGGGAGGAUCAAGUCGAUCGCGUUCGUCAUCAGAAACAGCACAUCAUAUUCACCACAAAAUCGCUUGGAAGGCUAUUAACAUUGAUGCAAAACAUGUAAUUUUUCGGUGCGACGGCAUCUGCAAGGAUGAUCCAAAGUACAAUGUGCAUACACUGGGUGACCCGAGAAAUCCGCUAACAAGAUUUCGUACUGUGGAAUCAAUUGAUCUUCCAUUGCCUUCUUUUGUUUUGGAUAAUAACUCAGUUGGACCACAACCAAAGCGUGAAGUUUCUAUAUUUGGUUUGAACGAUAACAUAAACCACGCAUUUCUGAGUGAUAUGUGCCAAAAGACAGGUCAAGUUAUUGAAGUAUUCGUGUAUAUGCAUCCUAGAACAAAAAAACAUUUGGGUAUGGCAUACGUUGUCUUCCAGGAUGUCGGCAAAGCCGAGUCUUUUGUUGCAAAAAAUAACGGUACUUCGGUUAUGGGACAAACAAUUACGUGUAUCGUUGAUCCGUAUGCAAAUGAAAUAAGUCGACGUUAUGAGGAGCGAGCAGUGGAAGCAGCACCAAUACCUCAUUACUUAUCACGCAUGGAUCAUAACAGACUAACUGAGUUCCGAAGGAUUAGCUCCAUGAGUACAACUGAAUGUAGAAGUAUUCUGACAAGUCCAUCGCUUUCUGUCAAUGCUCAGCAAUUCACUGAUUUUAAAGUGUCAGAAGCAGGAACGAAAAAAGAGCCUGACGAACCUGAAGCGGCAGUUCAUCUUGAUAAAGAUCGACAAAAACAUCAGCAGUCGAUUGAAGCUGCGUUGACAAAAACAACACACAUCGAAAAUGUAGUACCGCCUAAUGAACGUUCGACAGUCCCUACAGUAGUCGGACAUUUUGCUCCAUCGACAACAUCUCCUUCCAUUACAAGUUCUUCGUGUCCACCAUUAACAACAGUACAAGCAGCGCAUCAAACAUUCUGUUCCCAUCAUUUCUUGUCUCAUCAGCAUCCUCAGACACCAUUUACAUACUACCAUUCGCUACCGCCUAAUCCCGUACAUGCUCUUUCGAAUUUUCCAUCAGCUUCACCUUCUGCCAGCGUUUUUUCGCCACUGCCGCCUCUUCCGCCAAUAGCCGCGCGAAUGCCAUUCCCUGCAUGGCCUAAUAUACCACCGCCACCGCUGCGACCCCCAGCAACUAAUAUUUGGCCAAGGGCAAAAACAAUUGUGUCCACUCUAGUGCAACCUCAAGUUCUUUCCAUGGAAAAUUCGGCACCAACAAUACCGAAUUUUGCAUCAACUGCAUAUCAGGCUUUACCAAGUACUUCAUCUUGCGAAGAAGUUGCACCAAUGGAUCCAGCACCCUCGAAAGAAAGAGAAGAAAGGAUAAAACCGGAAGCAACUACUCCCAAUGCCAAGAGGAAAAAGCGAAGUGUUCCAGCAAAUGGAAAAAAAAAAGUAAGAAAAAGAAGACGACUUCGUGAGUCUAUUUCGAUUUCCUCUGCAUCUGAAAGUAGCAGUUCCGGGAGCGACGAAGGAAGUGAAGUAAGCGAAGAAAGUUCUGUUGACAGCGGCAGUACUAUUAAGAGAAAACAUCGACAUCGAAAAAAAGAAAUUAUAGAAGAACAUAAAUAUUACAAGAGGAAAGGAGCAGGCGGAACUAAUGACUACUACAAGAAAAUUGUAAUUCGGAAGAAUGAUAAUACAAGAAAAUGUUCACAGGAAACUAAAUCAAAUUUACUUCAAUCACCAGAACUUGUGGAAGAGGUGGAAAGUUAUCAACGCAUACGAAAAUAUAAAAAAUGGCAGCAAGAAACUAUUGAGCAUUUCGUGGAACCGGAUGUUGAUUUACCAGAUCUGGAAAGCGUAAGUAGUGAUGAUCAACUUAGUAAGGAGCAGCAAGAACUAAAAGUGCAGUCACCGAUAAAAAAAAGUCAUCGGGAGAUCUUAUUAACGAAGCAAACUCAUCAACAAUCCAAACAUGUGGAUUGGCGAAAGAAGCGAAUUAUGGAAAAAAGACGUAGGCAGCGAGAACGAGGAAGUUCUAGCUUAAGUGGAAAUGAAAAGGGCCACAGAUGGUCUUCAUCUUCCUCAACUACUGAGUCAGAAACAGAAUGUGAUGAACCGACCUCUUUCAGAAAUUGGAAAAGGAUACGAAAACGUCCUUCAAACCUUCAUUCACCAAAAAGUUCACAAAUGGUAAACCUGUCGGAUAUGGUUGAAGCGGUGACUGCAAGCAGUGAAGAAUCGCACGGUGAAGAAGCAAAUGAUAUAGUACAUCAGCCAACAGCACCACAUACCUUAAUAAAAAAUGAAUCAACUCAGUCACUGCCAACUCCCAAUUUAACUUCACCCGAGAAGCUUUCGGGUGAUUCUCCACUUCCAUGCGUUAUGCAGUCUACUCCUCCAGCAGAAAGCUCGCGACCCUCGUUUGAACGGCGACUCGAAAAUCUAUUUCGAUCCACUUCAAUGCAACCUCCGAUUAUAGAGAUACAUGAAGAAGAGCGUUCAAAUGAUGUAUGUGGUACUUCAGUUCCAUCUAUUUCAGGAUUUGAUGUGCCUUCGGAACCGAAGGGAAUGCCUCCAUCUGAAAUUGUUCUUACCGAGCAUAGCAGUAAAAAUGUUAAUUUUGCCAAAUAUCCAUCUGAUAUUAAUGCCACCGAAUCUGGGAGAAAGUCACAACCACAAACAUCAGAAAAUUCAAUGUAUCGUGAUGCUGCUUCAGAUUCAGUUUCUUUUGAGAUUGGUACAUUUUCCCCUAUGGAUGCUAUUCAUAAUAAGAUUAGAGGAGAGACUAAACAUUUGGAUAAAAUAAUAGGAGAACGGAGUGAACUGAUUGAGGAUCAAGAACUAGAAGUCGGAGAUGGAUCGGAAGAAAUUGGGGAACAAAGGGAAUUGGAAGAGCGAGUUUUGGAGAAAAAAGUGAAGAUUGUAAGAGCAGCUCGUGAAAAUUAUGUGCAUGCAGUAUAUGUGGCAAUUCGUGAAGACCUGAAAAAUGUCUUGCUAAAGGAUUUAAUGCGCAAAAUUGAAAGUAUUGCAUUUGAAAAAUUGGAACAAGGAUGGAGGGAAAGAGAAAAAGUCAAAGUUGUGGAACGGGAUGAUGAUUCUUGGCAAAAUGAGACAAAGAAUAGUUCUAUCGACACUCCAAUAAUAUCUACUGAUAAAACUAACGUUCUUCCUGAUAAACAAACAGUGAGUUCAAAAGAUUCUCUGAACGAAGUGGUCCGACAAGUGACUGAACAAACAAGAGCUGAAAUAUCGGCAACAUUUGGCCCCGACACAGCGGCGUUGUUGGGCACUGGAUUAUUUUUCAAAGGUCUGGGCAUUGCGCGGAAUAUGCCUAGCUUCAAAAAGGCUGACUCGAGUCGAAGCUGUGAAAGGAGUGAAAGUCAAAAUCUCAGGAGAGGGGAAAGAAGUUCAGAUGACGAAGAUGACAAAAGUGGAAGUGAACGAAGUAUGAGUGAAAGCGAAUCUAUAUGUUCAACAGAACGUUCUAAUCGGAUAUUUUCGGGAGGAAAACACUUUGGCUCUAGAAGUUUGAUGUCAAUUGAUGGAUCAACAAGUGAAGAAGAUGAAGAAGAGGAAAUGGACGAGGAAGAAGAGGAUGAGGAGGAGGAAGAGGAGGAAGAACAGCUGGAAGAAUGUAAGCAUAUCGAAAAGGAUUUCGGCAAAAUUCGAACAAUUGGCAAUUUAUCUGCACGUUCCGGAAUUGAGAAAAAGGCAGUGUUAAUGGUUAAGACUGAAAUUGAAGAAAAUAAUGGAUGCGACAGGACUGAUUCUUUAAGCAGUUGCACAGCAACAUCUCAAUUGAUAGAACAGGAUAAAAUUUCCGAAGAAUUGCAAACAAGAAAUGAAAAGGUGCUCGGUGCUGCAAAUAUAGAAGGAUAUUUCAAUGAUCACUGCUAUCUUCCGGUGGAAUUAUCGGAACAAUUGAAAAAAGAACUUGAGGAAAGCUUUUCAGUAUGCAGUGAUAGCGAAACGAUAUCCUCGGAGUAUUGUGAAACUAGAAAAUUAAGAAAACCAGAUGAAACACUGUUGCAACACGUACAAGAUAAAGCCGCAAAAGUAAAGAAACGAUACUAUCGAAAUGAACUUGCUUCGCUACUUCCACCACCCGUUGACGUGGAACAGCUGGCAUGGGAAACAAGUUGGAAACCCGCAAAACAGUGGGAGAAACGAACUCUUGAAGAUGAAAAAAAGGAAGGCAUGGAUGCAGAAGAUUUGAUAUUUUUGGAAAAAGCGUUUCAUGAAAUGCAAAACGAUAGAACAGCGACAUGGAAUAGGAAAUUAUACUGGGUACCGCCGAGAAAAGUGCCAGAAGUCCAUCUAUUGGAUAAACCGAAGAAAAUUGGAAAAAAUAUUUACUAUUAUGAUGAUCCUGAGCUGGAAGGUGUAGUACCUCAUUCGUCCGGAUGUGCUCGUACAGAAGGCUACUAUAAAUUAUCCCAUAAGGAAAAGAGAGGUGUUCUACGACGACCGGAUGUUUUCUUAACGGAAAUAAAUGAAAAGGAUGAUGAAAAAGCGCGGUAUUUGGUGCAGUCUACACGAGAAGCACGAAGCAUGAAUCGUCGUUUGUUGACGUCAAUGGGCGAUACCUCUUCGGAUAUAUUCAAAGUUAAUCAGUUGAAAUUUCGCAAGAAACUAAUCAAAUUUGCUCGAUCGCGUAUCCAUGGUUGGGGUUUGUAUGCAUUGGAAGCAAUCGCUCCGGAUGAAAUGAUUGUUGAGUAUAUCGGACAGAAAAUACGUCCAACAGUGGCAGAUGAACGCGAAAAACGUUAUGAGAGACGUGGCAUGGGUUCAAGCUAUUUGUUCCGUAUCGAUUCUGAUAAUGUUAUCGAUGCGACACAAAUGGGAAAUUUGGCACGAUUCAUAAAUCAUUCAUGCCAACCAAACUGUUAUGCUAAAAUUGUUGUAGUAGAUGGCGAAAAACGCAUCGUCAUUUAUAGCAAGUUGGCAAUCAAUAAAGGCGAUGAAAUAACGUACGAUUAUAAGUUCCCGAUUGAAGAGGACAAAAUUGAUUGCUUGUGCGGAGCACCGGGAUGUCGUGGAUCUUUGAAUUAG